GAGAGCUGAGAGAGAGAAGAGCUCCGAGCACCGCUGCCGACAACUGCAAUAUGACACUGGAGGAGCUGACCGGGGAGCAGAGCCGGGGAAAGAUGGACAGUGUGGGCACCGCGUUGGAGGAGGUGCUGAACAAAGCCAAAGUGCAGAGGACCAUCACCAUCGGGGUGUACGAAGCGGCCAAACUACUGAAUGUGGACCCGGACAAUGUGGUGAUUUGUCUGCUGGCCACAGAUGAGACGGAAGACCAGGAUGUCGCUCUGCAAAUCCACUUCACUCUGAUCCAGGCGUUCUGCUGCGAGAAUGACAUCAACAUCCUGCGAGUGAGCAACAUGAGCCGGCUGGCGGAGAUCCUGGGCGGCUCUGACAAGCCGGGAGAACCUGCCGACCUGCAUUGUAUUCUAAUCAACAACCCCCAUGCUUCUCAGUUGAAGGAUCCCGCCAUCAACAAAGUGAUCAACUUCUGCAAAGAGAGCCGCUACCAGGACCAGUGGGUCCCCGUGAUCAACCUGCCCGAGCGAUGA